AUGGUCUUCACCACUCCCAAAUGGGUCCCCAGGCUCCCCUUCGACCCUCCCGACUCCAUCACCAUCGCCGAAUUUGUGAACAACGAAAACUGUGGCCGCUACCCUGUCGCCAAGGCCAGGAACCCCUUCACCUGUGGCCUCACCGGCAAGACCUACUCUAUGGCCGAGGUCCUCCAGCGCGAGGAGUUCAUGGCCCGCGCUAUCGCCAAGCGACUCGGCUACGAUUUGCAUGAGGGGACCGAAUGGGAUCACGUCGUCGGCGUGUUCUCGCUGAAUACGAUUGACUACAUUCCAUUCACCCACGCCAUCCACCGCCUCUCUUCCAUCGUAACCCCCGCCAGCGCCGCGUAUUCAGCGGCCGAGCUCGAGCACCAUCUUCGAUCGUCUGGCGCAAAUGCGCUCUUCACCUGUGUCCGUCUUCUUGAGACAGCCUUGGCCGCCGCAAAGGCCGUUGGCAUCCCAGAACAGUGUAUCUUCAUCUUACCUAUGCCUGGUGACAGGCAGGUUCCCUUCAAGACGAUUGAUGAUUUAGUCGAGGAGGGCAAGACCCUGCCAGAGCUCCCACCCCUGGUUUUCGCUCCUGGCCAGGGAGCGAGACAGGUUGCUUACCUAUGCUACUCCAGUGGAACCUCUGGCUUGCCUAAGGCGACCAUGAUCUCCCAUCGCAACGUGAUAUCCAAUAUCAUGAUGCUAAGACUCUUUGACCAAGCUGGACGUGAGACGGCAAAACUAGAGACGCAAGUCACGCUCGGCAUCUUGCCAUUCUCCCACAUCUACGGCCUCGUCGUUUGCGGUCUGUACGCCUUGAUAACCGGUGAUGAGCUGGUCGUGCUCCCUCGCUUCGAGCUCAAGACAUUUCUCGAGGCCAUUCAGAAGUUCCGUGUUGAGCAGAUGGCCAUCGUCCCCCCGAUCCUGAUUCAAAUGUUGAGCAAUCGUGAAUUAUGCAGCAGAUACGACCUAAGCUCGGUGCGAUUUGCAUUUAGCGGCGCUGCUCCGCUGGGAGUGGAGACAAUGCAAGAAGUCCUGAAAGUGUAUCCCAACUGGCAUCUUGGCCAGGGUUAUGGCCUGACUGAAACCUCGCCGGUCGUGACAUUUACUAGCGAGUUGGACAUCCUCCUCGGCUCAUCCGGUUCGCUUCUACCCGGACUCAGAGCAAAGAUCAUCGACGCCUCCCGCAAGGAAGUAACCGAGUACGAAACCCCAGGCGAGCUACUUGUGCAAGGCCCAACAGUUGUCCUUGGUUACUUGAACAAUAUAAACUCUACAACUUCAACCUUCGUCCACGACGAUGACGGCCGGUGGAUGAAAACAGGCGACGAGGUGCUUAUCCGGAAAUCCCCCAAGGGCAAUGAGCAUUUAGUCGUUACGGACAGGAUCAAGGAGCUCAUCAAAGUCAAGGGUCACCAAGUUGCCCCCGCAGAACUCGAGGCCCACCUCCUCUGUCAUUCGUUUGUGUCCGACUGCGCCGUGAUCCAGGUUCCUGAUGCCAAGGCUGGCGAGGUGCCCAAGGCCUUUGUAGUCAAGACGGCUGAAGCCGGAGGGAAAUCUGACGGUGAAGUGACUGCGACCAUCCACAAGCAUGUUGAGAACCACAAGGCCCGGCACAAGUGGCUGAAGGGAGGAAUCGAGUUUAUUGACGCGAUACCGAAGAACCCUAGCGGGAAGAUCUUGAGAAGACUUUUGAGAGACCAGGAGAAGCAGGCAAGGAAAGCCACGGAUGCUAAGCUGUAG